AUGCCUCGUGGACCUAAGAAGCACCAAAAGCGCUUGAGCGCCCCGGCGCACUGGCUCCUGGACAAAAUGUCCGGAACCUAUGCUCCUCGCGCCUCUGCCGGUCCUCACAAGCUCCGUGACUGCUUGCCUUUGAUCGUGUUCAUCCGCAACCGUCUCAAGUACGCCCUCAAUGGCCGCGAGACCAAGGCUAUCCUCAUGCAGCGCCUCAUCAAGGUCGACGGCAAGGUCCGCACCGAUCCUACCUUCCCCGCCGGUUUCAUGGACGUUAUCACCAUCGAGAAGACUGGCGAGAACUUCCGUCUUAUCUACGACACCAAGGGUCGCUUCACUGUGCACCGCAUCCAAGCCGAGGAGGCUGAGUACAAGCUCGGCAAGGUCAAGCGUGUUCAGCUCGGCAAAGGCGGGAUCCCAUUCUUGGUUACGCACGAUGCGAGAACCAUCCGCUACCCUGACCCUCUGAUCAAGGUCAACGACACUGUCAAGAUCGACCUUGCCACCGGCAAGAUCACUGACUUCAUCAAGUUCGACACUGGUGCUAUUGCCAUGGUUACCGGUGGUCGUAACAUGGGUCGUGUUGGUGUCAUCACCCACCGUGAGCGUCACGAUGGUGGUUUCAACAUUGUUCACAUCAAGGACGCUGUUGACAACACAUUCGCUACCCGUGAGUCCAACGUGUUCAUCAUUGGACAGGACAAGCCAUGGAUCUCGCUUCCCAAGGGCAAGGGUGUCAAGCUCUCUAUUGCUGAGGAGCGUGAUCGCCGCCGUGCCUAUGCUCUCGCCCAGGGUAUCUAA